GGUGCGCCAGAGCUUCCCAAAGUCCCCGCCCUACCGCCGUCGGUGCAGACAGCGUAGGCGCAGCUCCAGAAAUAACGGGAAGCGCAGCGAUUACACUGCAACGCGAGGACAUGCGGCAUCCCUCACAAGCGACGUAUCCCACGUACCAUAACAAAGCACCGACGGGUUGUGGAAUGCAUUGAACUGGGGAACCAUGAUUCCUGUGACUGAGUUCCGGCAGUUCACGGUGCAGCAGCAGCCGGCGUUCCGUGUGCUGAAACCGUGGUGGGAUGUAUUCACAGACUACCUCUCCGUCAUCAUGCUUAUGAUUGGGGUGUUCGGGUGCACUCUGCAGAUAAUGCAAGACAAAAUCAUCUGCCUACCAACAAAAACACCUGCACCAAACCAAACCGUGGCCGUUCCACACCAAACAGAACUGAAGGGCCUGAAGAACAACCUUGACCUUCAGCAGUACAGCUACAUUAAUCAGAGGUGCUAUGAGGAAGCACUGCAUUGGUAUGCUAAGUACUUCCCCUACCUAGUCCUCAUACACACGCUUGUCUUCAUGGUUUGUAGCAACUUCUGGUUCAAAUUCCCAGGCUCUAGCUCAAAAAUAGAGCACUUUGUUUCUAUCUUGGGAAAGUGUUUUGAUUCACCCUGGACCACUAGGGCCCUGUCAGAGGUAUCAGGGGAAAACUCAGCAGGGAAUGAUGAAAAAAGGGAGAUUGACAGUGGGCCCACUGUCAAUAUGCCCACUGUGGAGGAUGAUCUGGUCAAUCUGGAGAAGACCCAGUCCCUCAGGUCCAUCCCAGAAAAGCUAAUCGUAAAUAAGCCAGAUGCAAGCGUACUGGACAAAAAGGAAGGAGAACAAGCUAAGGCCUUGUUCGAAAAGAUAAAAAAAUUCCGCUUGCAUGUGGAAGAGGGAGAUCUGCUCUAUGUAAUGUAUGUUCGGCAGAACGUGCUCAAGGUUCUGAAGUUCCUCCUGAUCAUCAUCUACAACAGCAUCCUGGUGCCUGAGGUGAAGAUCACGGUGCCAUGUGACGUGAAUAUCAAGGAUAUGACGGGUUAUGGGCAUUUCUGGUGUAAUCACACAACUGCUCACCUAUUCUCAAAGCUGGCCUACUGUUACCUUUGCUUUGUGGGGGUUUAUGGAUUUACGUGCCUUUACACAUUGUACUGGUUGUUUUACCGAUCUCUCAAGGAGUAUUCUUUUGAGUAUGUGCGACAGGAGACAGGGAUAAGUGACAUUCCAGAUGUAAAGAAUGACUUUGCCUUCAUGCUACACAUAAUUGACCAGUACGAUCCUCUGUACUCCAAAAGGUUUGCUGUGUUUCUCUCUGAAGUCAGUGAAAAUAAGUUAAAGCAGCUCAACCUGAACCAUGAGUGGACGGCUCAGAAACUGCGUCAAAAGCUGAAGACCAAUGCCAACAACAGGCUGGAACUCUCGCUCUUCAUGCUAUCUGGCCUUCCUGACACCGUCUUCGAGUUGACAGAGCUCCAGUCUCUGAAGCUGGAGAUUAUAAAUAAUGUCACAAUACCAGCCUCCAUUUCAAAACUUGAGGAUCUCCAGGAGCUAACCUUAUACCAGAGCUCCCUCAAAAUCCACAGUGCUGCACUUGCCUUUCUGAAGGAGAACCUGAAGGUGCUACGAGUGAAAUUUGAUGACAGCAGGGAGCUGCCAUCCUGGAUAUAUGGCAUGCGCAGCCUGGAAGAGCUCUACCUCAGUGGGUUCUUCAGCCACGACAUAUCCAGGAAUGUCACCUUUGAGUCCCUACGUGAGCUCAAGGCCCUCAAGACCCUCCACCUGAAGAGCAACUUCGCCAAAAUACCGCAGGCUAUUGUGGAUGUGUCCAGCCACCUACAGCGGCUCUAUGUGCACAAUGACGGCACCAAGUUGGUCGUGUUCAACAACCUGAAGAAGAUGGUACACCUGGUCCACCUGGAGCUGGUGCACUGUGAGCUGGACCGUAUCCCCCAUGCCAUCUUCAGCCUCUCAAAUCUGCAAGAGCUGGACCUGAGGGAGAACAACCUCAAGACUAUUGAGGAGAUCGUCAGCUUCCAGCACCUUCGCAAGCUUGUUAGCUUGAAGCUGUGGCACAACAGCAUCACCUAUAUUCCUGAUCACAUCAAGAAACUAGGCAGCCUGGAGCGUCUCUAUUUCAGCCACAACAAGAUCGAGGUACUUCCUUCCAAUCUCUUCCUCUGCCACAAGCUGCGCUACAUGGACCUGUCCAACAAUGAGAUUUGCUUCAUCCCGCCUGAGAUCGGGGUGCUUCAGAGCCUGCAGUACUUCUCUGUGUCGUCCAACAGGCUAGAGAACCUUCCGGAUGAACUGUUCUUCUGCAAAAAGCUCAAAACCCUCAAGCUGGGGAUGAAUGCUUUGACCCAACUGUCCCCAAAGAUUUCUUUCUUGGUGUCACUGACGCACCUGGAACUCAGAGGCAACCAUUUUGACAGCUUGCCUGCGGAGCUGGUGUCCUGCCAGGCCCUGAAACGGAAUGGCCUUCUUGUGGAAGAUGCCUUGUUUGAAACGCUGCCUUCGGAUGUCAGAGAACAAAUGAGAGCGGAGUGAUCUAUCUCUUCGCUACAGAAUACCAAAUGUCUUAAUCUGACAAGCUUGACUGCUAUACUGUAGCAUUUAUAUCAUUAUUAAGUGUUAUAUAAAAGUGCUGUGUAAUCUAUAUUAUGCAGGGGUAAAAAAAUGAAAUGGCCUUAAUGUUAUUGGCACAUUGUGUGCUCAUAUGUGCUUUAAAUAGGCAGAUGUUAAAGGGAUAUUUCACUUUGGUGUAACACAAAUAAUUUUGUGGAGCUUACCCCAUUGUAUUUGCAUAGCGUGAAUACUAGCAACGUCAGAUGUCUCUUUUGACCAUUAAUGGCAGUGCCAUUCCUCCCUCUUUUCCAGUUCUCAAUUACUCCAAAGGGAAAUAUCCCUUUAAGCAGCACUGGGUUGAACAUAGAGUACUGCAGAGUAAUAGUGCAGUAUUUAAGACCUUUAGCCAUACUUCAAUAUUCUCUGGCCAGUUGCAUUAUGUGACCUGUGAAUAUAUAUGCAGGUGGCAUAAAUGGGUGUUUUAGAAUAGCGCACACAUUCCCAUUGGUAUUUGCUGUCAUAAUAACCAUGCUGGCGGUCAGUUAUGAGACUUAACAGUGCAAUACCUGGUAAGUUCUACGAUGUUAUCACAGUAUUGGAAGCCAUGGUGGAACAAAGAGAGGUAGUUGGAUAUUUACCAAUCAAGUUUGGAACUGAAAAUGAAAAAUGGAAAAGAAUAGGAAAAGACACUUAUUGCCUAUCCAUUUUUUGGAAGAGUGCAGUUAUUUACAGUUAAAUGCAAAAAUAUUGGGACUGUGACCAUUUUUAUUAUUUUGGUGCUGUACUCCAGCACAUUGGAUUUGAAAAAAAAAAUCUCAUUAGAUGGCACUUCACCUUACUGUGAGACAGUGACUGUAAACAUACUGCUAAUGCAAGCAAGGAGUUUUCAGGGCCAAAAAGUGGAAUGUUGUUGACUGACCAUGUCAGUCACCUUCCCUGAAUCCAAAUGAACAUGCGUUUCAUUUUCUGGAGACAGACCUGAAGGCAAAAAGCCCCAGAAACAAAUAGGAACUGAAGGUGACUGUAGUACAGGUAUGGCAGAGCAUCACCAUGGUGGACACCUAGCAUCUGGUGAUGUCUGUGGGUCCUAAAUACAUGUAAAUAUGCUCAAAUUAAAGCUGACAGUCUACACGUUACCUUUGUCAGUCUACACUGUAUGUUUUAUUUCAAAUCCAAUGUGAAAUUAUGUAAUUGUCCCAAUGAUGAUUUAUUUCAGUUAAUCAGCACAUUUUUGGUGAACUUGGAUAGGUUAAGAUCGCUUAAUCACUUAUUAUACUGUUAUAAUCAAAUGUAUGCCAUUAGGACCAAACACUGUAGCUUUGUUUAAUGUCCAAAUAUAAGGAACGUUCACAUUUGACCAAUAUGUAAUCUUUAGUAAUUUAAUUAUGUUUAUGGCACAUUGCAAAUGUUUAUGGCAUUUGGCCUAUUAUAUGUAAGUACAUGUUGUAUUAGACUGCCUUUAUAAUGUGUCCGUCUGAUCCCAUCUUACAGCCCAUGGAAACUGCGGUUUGCUUAUGGUUUCAGUGUCAUUAAGUGAUUUCCUGUGAGGGAAAAUUUUUUUCCCACCGCCAUCGCCCUCUUUUUCAGACAUGUGGAAACAAUUGGUGACAGGAGACAGCCAUGAAAUGUUUCCAUCUUGGUGAUGUGAAAACAUACUGUGGACUGGAGGCUCUGUGGCCCUUUUUGAAUGGGUCAGAGGGUCUAGCAAUUUGGUACAAACGUGCAUACAUCAUUGAAAAUGCGAAGGGGGCAGGGUGUCACAUGGUCCUUUGGUAUUAAUAAUCAUGUUCAUGACUCGGCCAUAUUGUAUUUAUUUCAUUUAUUUUAUUAUUGCUUUCAUUUUAAUAAGGACUCUAAAGUGUUCAUGAGUUCCUGAAACAAUGUACUUCCACACAUUUAACUGAUAUUGAACAACAUUUGUGUGGAUUUACAAGUUCUCUAAAUUAGGAUUAAUCUUAAAUGAAUUUAUAUUCAGUAUGGUAAUGACAAUCAGUCUCAAUGUAUUCCAUUUUAUAACCUCAAGAUCACAAAGUGUAAUGUUACACUUAUCACUAAAUUGUAUUUGUGCACAUAAUACCUCACACAUAUGGUUAUCUGCUUUUUGAAAAUGUGCACGAUCUUCUUCAUCAUGUUUAACUAGUCCAAUUGCGAAUCCGUGCAACUCUGUUGGCUGCUGAGUGGCUCAGUCAGGUUUAGCCUUUCAGAGCUUGAACAUCACAGGAUUGGAGCUACGGCUAUAAUCAUGACCCAUUCUGCAAAGACCGGACAUGAGUGCUAACCCUUAUGGUUAGCCCACAAUCUUCAAGUUACUUCUGGUUUUCUUCUUUCCAAGACAUCAAGCAUGUAUAAGCAACCAGUUGUCUUAAGUGAGAGAUGCUAUCGCCUGCGAUUAAUGCUAUCUUUCCUUUCAGGCCUGGGGUCAACUCCAUUUUCAGUUCAGUCAAUUCACAAAAUGAAAUAAAAUCCAGUUCAUGAGUAGAAACAUCCGCUUUGAACAUCAUAGCUGUUUUUUUCCAAUUCAUUUUGUGAAUUGACUGAACUGAAACUGUAACUGACCUCUGACCCUGUCUCCUGCAGGGCUCUCUGGCCUGUUAUGUAAAAAAGUAUAUACUAGCUCACAGUCAUGUAUCAGAGGAAUAAAUGCUUUUCACUUUCAAGUGACUUCAAAUCAUGAGGAAAUAAAUCUACACAAGUUUUACAAAAAUUGUAUCAAGUAAAAAAAAUGGAUGGCUUGUCUUAUUUUCUAGUGCAGUCCAGGAGUGGAUGUUGAACAGUAUUUGUGCUUUUUUUACGUUUUAAGGGGGCAGCAAUGAAGAUGCACGAGGGAUAUUGCGUAGCUGUGUUUUCUUCUCAGGUUGUCUGUUUAAUGAACUACUGUUAAAAUGCUUUCUAUAACAUCAGGGUUCAAAUACACAGUUACAUGUCCACCCAGUGACUUGUAUUAUGUGGACACUGGCUGAGUAUCCCUGUUGAGAGCCAUGGCUAUCACAGAUGCACUGUCCACUGACUCACUCACUCCUGCAGACAGGACACCCUGGUCGUCACAGACUCUCUUUAACUCUGUAUUUUAUUUUAUUUUAUUUUUUUACAGAAGCAAAUCAAUAAAUGCACAUUUAUUUAAAAA